GUGCGCGGCGGGCCGGGCGCGAUGGCGCCGCCGGGCGGGCUCGGGGCCGGGCCCGUGCUGCGCUCCGUCAACACGCGCGAGCUCUCCGAGGUCGUGUUCAACAACCACAGCCCCCGCCGCGUGCUGCCCGUCUGGCUGGACUUCGAGGGCCGCCCGCGCUGCUACCCGGUCCUGCAGCCGCGCAGCGGGCGCGUCAUGCGCAGCUACCGGGGGCACCUCUGGCUGUUCCGGGAUGCAGGGACCAACGACGGGCUGCUCGUCAACCAGCAGGAGCUGUUCGUGAUAGCCCCCAACGUGACCAAAGCUGACAUCACGCUGCCAGUGUUCACCCUGAAGGAGAGGUGUCUGCAGGUGGUGCGCAGCCUGGUCAGCCCCGUGGACUACAGGAAGCUGGACAUUGUGCAGUCCUUGUACGAAGAGCUGGAGGAUCAUCCUGACAUCUGGAAGGAUCUUCGGCGGCUUUCUCUGGAGAGGAAUGAGGCACUGAGGAACUAAACUGUGGAAUAGCAGGAUUACUCACUCCAGACUCCUCGUUACAAACCACUGAGUGAGCAGCGAGAGUCGCCAGGACACACACCAACUGAUGCCUCCGUUUAAGUUUGAAACAUAAACUCAAUAACUUCGGUGACAGUAAAAUCCCAAAGACUGAACAGCACGGGGAGGCAUGCUGGGUUCUGAUGGUUCAGUUCAUUUCUUAAUUACAGUUACUGCAAACUGUAGGGUAAGAUCAGGGCAGCUAAAUGGAAAAUAUUCAUACAAAGUAAUUUUCAUUGUAUUAGAAAGCAAAUUACACCAAGGAUUAAUUUAGCCCAGA